UAGUAGGUAAACUUGAAGGGGAAAGAGAUAUUACUUUAGGUUUUGUUGAUUUAUUACGUGAUGAUUUUAUUGAAAAAGAUCGAAGCCGUGGGAUUUAUUUCACUCAGGAUUGGGUUUCUCUACCAGGUGUUCUUCCCGUUGCUUCAGGGGGUAUUCACGUUUGGCAUAUGCCUGCUCUGACCGAGAUCUUUGGAGAUGAUUCCGUACUCCAAUUCGGUGGUGGAACCUUAGGGCAUCCUUGGGGAAAUGCACCAGGUGCCGUAGCUAAUCGAGUAGCUCUCGAAGCAUGUGUACAGGCUCGGAAUGAGGGUCGUGAUCUUGCUCGUGAGGGUAAUGAAAUCAUCCGUGAGGCGAGCAAAUGGAGUCCUGAAUUAGCUGCUGCUUGUGAAGUAUGGAAGGCGAUCAAAUUUGAAUUCCCAGCAAUGGAUACUUUGUAAUCCGGUGGUUACUGUUCGUUCUAGAUAAUUGCAAUUAAACUCGGCUCAAUCUUCAAAAAAGGAUUGAGCCGAAGACAAAGAUACUUAAUUUAUUGCAUAAACAUAAUAUAUCUAUCUUAUUUUUCUUUUUUAUUAUAUCCAUAAAGUUCUAUAUUCUAAUCGAUUAGAUAUAUCUUAUCUAUUAGAUAUAUAUUAGAGUCUAGAAAUGUAGAGUAUAUAAAUAAAUGGAUAUGGAAUAGUUAAAUUGGAGUAUUUCAAUAAAGAG